UGACGAUCAAAUCUGCCUCGCGAUCCUGUAUAUCUCCUUCCCGCGAAUUGUUCUGUGCAUACUUUCCGACGCAAUCCUUCAAAGCUUCAGCCGCUCAGAAGUCUCAGAUGCCUGUUUGUCUUUCGAAGUCCUUUCGCAGAAGCCCCGGAUGGUGUGUGCACGCUGGAAUUUUACCGAACCGCCACCAGGCGCGAUUAGAGCGCUCGUGGCCCAAAUGAAAGUCUUCUGGGCAGGAUAUAAGUGGACCGUGGAGGUCAGAGAAUAUCAAGACGAUGCUUUUCUUCUUGGCUUUGGUCCUCGACUUCUUUCUGGCGGCCAGUGGCGCGCUCGUGCCGGACCGUGUGUCCAGAAUCAAGGAAUCUAUCGACGCCCCGCCUGCGGGAUGGACGCGGAUCGACCGAGCGCCGCCUCAUCUGUCUGUGCGGCUGCGGAUUGCCUUGAUGCAGGGUCAAUUUGAUGAGCUUGAGCGCCGACUGUAUGAAAUCAGCGACCCGGACCAUGCUCGCUACGGCGCGCAUAUGACGAAACAGGACGUCGAAUCGCUCGUGCGGCCGCGCUCGACGACGCUGGCUCUCGUCGACGAGUGGCUUGCGACAUUCGGAUUCAACACAACCACUCUGGACCGCUCGCCCGCUGAGGAUUGGGUGACGCUGACGGUCCCCGUGCUUAUUCUGGAGCAGAUGCUCGACACUGAAUACUUUAUCUGGCGACACGACGACGGGGAGCUUCUUGCUCGUACGACGAGCUACAGUCUGCCGGGGUACCUACACGAGCACGUUGAGCUUAUCCAGCCCACCACGAUGUUUGCGCGAUCACCGAAGCGGGUAGCAAGGCCCGCGGAGGAUAAGCAUGCCGUCGACUCUGACUGCGGAACAAUGAUCACGCUCGCCUGUCUGAGGCAGCUUUACAGCGCGGAUGGAUACACCCCGAGGGCCCCCAAGAAGAACGCGAUCGGCAUUACGGGGUUUCUCGAUCAGUACGCUAAUCACAAGGAUCUGGCUUCUUUUUACCGCGAUCAGCUGCCCGAGGCUGAAGGCUCGAGCUUUCGGUUCGUUUCGGUGAACGGCGGUGCGAACAACCAAAGUCUGUCGGCUGCUGGAGAAGAGGCGAAUCUCGACGUGCAAUACGCGCUUGGCCUCGCCUACCCGACCCCGGGGACGUUCUGGUCGACGGCCGGGAAUGGCCCAUUCCACCCUGACGCUCGGGUGCAUGACCCGGACAACGAGCCUUACAUGACUUGGCUUGAUCAUGUUCUCCGCUCCGACCGCCUUCCGCAGACCAUAACGACUUCCUAUGCGGACGACGAGCAGACCGUUCCCAGUGCUUACGCACGACGCGUCUGCAAGCGCUUUGCCGAACUAGGCUGUCGAGGUGUCUCGGUGAUAUUUGCGAGCGGAGAUUACGGUGUCGGGGACGGAGAUCCUGAAGCAGAGUCACAGCAAUGUCUCAGUACGACGAGGCAUCGGACAAGAUUUAUCCCAGCGUUCCCAGCGUGAGUGGCUGAAUGAUUAUUCAGAUGUUAGCCUCACGCCAUCGACAAUCAGCUCCUGUCCCUAUGUGACUGCGGUCGGUGGGACGAUGGGUAUUCCAGAGGUGGCGGCCGCUUUCAGUGGCGGCGGUUUCAGCGAUUACUUUGAGAGGCCAGCGUAUCAGCAUAAGGCUGUCGAGAGAUAUCUCCACAAGCUUCCCCCCAAGACGUACGAGGGACUGUUCAAUCGGGGCGGAAGAGGGAUCCCAGACGUUUCGGCGCAAUCUCACAAGUUCUCCAUCUACUGGCAGGGGAGCCCGAUCACCAUUGGCGGCACCUCGGCCUCAGCCCCGACCUUCGCGGGAAUCGUCGCCCUCCUCAACGACGCACGACUGGCCCGGGGCCGACCGGCGCUCGGAUUCUUGAACCCGCUGUUGUAUAAGCGUGGGGUACAUGCGCUGAAUGAUAUCGUCGAGGGGAGAAAUCCGGGCUGCGGGACCGGUGGAUUCAAUGCUACAGAGGGCUGGGAUCCUGUCACUGGACUUGGGACGCCCAACUUCCGGGAGCUCUUGAAGGUCGUGCUGUGAAGCGCUGAUAUCGUCAAUUGCAUGCAUGCAAUGGAUUCUGAUCUGCGUAGAUUGUACAUAUGAGACUCCGAGAGCGGACCGGCGGCCCCGUACCUAUCUUAUUGAUCGAUCGUACUAGUUGUUGACAGCGUCUACCGGCAACGCCCGUUAUCACCUUAGCUAUUGCGACCGAAACGAAAACCCGAUUUUUU